AUGGCGGUAACAAAAGGCAUUGAGCGGUUGCGACAAGGACUUUCCACAGAAGCACUGCAGCUUUUCAACAAAGCGUUGGAAGUUGAUCCGACUAACAUCGAUGCUUUGGUAGCACGAGGGGCUUUGUAUGCAAAUACUGACUGCUUCGCCCUCGCCGUCAAGGAUUUCGAAGAGGCAUUAAAAUUGGACUCGUCGCAUUCAAACGCACGGAAAUACCUGCUGGAAACGCUGAUGACCCAAGCAAAAAUGUUGGAGAAGCGCGGGAAGCGGGACAGAGCUGCGAAGCUGUAUCGAAAGGUACUGAACCUAGAUAGCGAACAUCAAGAAGCGUUUCAGCGGCUACAAAAGCUGUCGGAAAAAGAGCUCUUCAUCCUCUUCAUCAUGCUCAUCAUCCUCUUCCUCUUCUGCAUCAGCUUCUUCCCCCUCUUCCUGUUCAACGUCAUCUUCGUCAGCGUCUUCUGUGGAAUCCUGUGA